CAGCGGAAAAGCAUUAUGAAGGCGGGACUGGGAAAGCUUUUUUAACCUGGACGCCCCCUGGUUGCUUUGGUAACGCGGCCUAGGCUCAAUCCGAGUUGAAUCGUUGCGAUAAUUCACCAUCCGUCGCCCCUUUAUCGCCGGCUGUUAUCUGCGGCUGCUCUGGUUUGCACUCUUCUGGUUCUGUACGGAAGCAAUCGUUAACGGUAAAGCAUGGCGGUUCAGGAGUCCCGGCCGAAUAACACGAUCUACAUCAACAACCUGAACGAGAAGAUCAAGAAGGAUGAGUUGAAGAAGUCUCUCUACGCCAUAUUCUCCCAGUUCGGGCAGAUCCUGGACAUCCUGGUUUCCCGCAGUCUGAAGAUGAGGGGUCAGGCUUUCGUCAUCUUCAAGGAAGCAAGCAGUGGAACCAACGCCUUGCGCUCCAUGCAGGGCUUCCCCUUCUACGACAAGCCCAUGAGAAUCCAGUACGCAAAGACCGACUCUGACAUCAUCGCCAAAAUGAAGGGCACCUUCGUGGAGAGAGACAGAAAGCGACAGGAGAAGAGGAAGGUUAAAGGGCAGGAAGCUGCAGCGAAGAAGCCUGUGCCGGGAGCUCCCGUGGUGACCGGCGUGCCGGGCCAGAUGCCGGGCAUGCAGGCUAUUCCGGGGAUGACGCAGGCUCCUCGUAUGAUGCACAUGGCCGGGCAGAACCCUUACAUGCACCAUCCGGGCAUGAUGCCCCCGCCGGGAAUUGCCCCGGGACAAAUCCCCCCUGGUGGAAUGCCGCAGAUGAUGCCGGGGCAGAUGGCGCCAAUGCAGCCGAUCUCGGAGAAUCCUCCCAACCACAUCCUCUUCCUCACCAACCUUCCCGAGGAGACCAACGAGCUCAUGCUGUCCAUGUUGUUCAACCAGUUCCCCGGCUUCAAAGAGGUCCGCCUGGUCCCGGGUCGGCACGACAUCGCCUUCGUGGAGUUUGACAACGAGGUCCAAGCGGGAGCGGCUCGCGAGUCUCUCCAAGGAUUUAAGAUCACGCAGAGCAACUCGAUGAAGAUUUCCUUCGCCAAAAAGUAGUGGGGCGCCGGCGCCUCGCUCCCGCCGCCAAAACAAACUGUUUCCUGUAUAUUUUUACGCUUUAUUUUAUUUUUUUAUAAUAAACUGCUGUUGCCCCCGUUGCCGGUGGUGAGUAUGAACCGUUUGUUUUUACGUGUGGAAGCAUUGCACCCAGCGUCUGGCGCUCAGACAUUGUACCUGGAGCUCUUCAAUAAAACUCUUUAACACCA